AUGACUGCCCGAUAUCCGAUCCGGAGUGGCGGGUUCCGGCCUGGAGGUGGCCGCAAACUCGUCGCUAGGCCGCAGUUCAAGCAGGACGCUUCGAGCGUGCGCUGGUACUACCACAACCCUAUGGAUAUCGGCGCCGACCUCUCGGCCGGCUUCGAUAGAUUUGAUAAACAUGAUGAGUCGCAGCCGGACCAUCUUACCAGCUUGCUCAAGACUAUUAUUGAUUGGGAGAAGAGGGAGGAGAGAAGAUUAGAUGCGCACCUGGUGACUUGGCGAGGUAUGAUGACCAAGAUCCUCAGCUGCCCAUUUGAGAAUCGGGAUGGAAUAGCCUGGUACAAGUUUGAGACUCUCUGCACACUCUCACGGCCAUGGGGAGAAAUCUCACGCACAGAAAUCGAGUCUAGGCCCAACGACGUGGUCAGCAACAAGGCGCAGUACUGUUCCGUCGCCAUCACCAAUCUCGGCCCCACCAAAAUGUGCCUCGCCGGCGAGAUCGACGCCCUCUGGGGCUCCAAACCCUCCGAUCCGCAAGCCCCCAUCGACUGGGUAGAACUAAAAACCACGGCCGAGAUCCAGUCCGAGCGGGACCGCGACUUCUUCAACAACAAGGUCAUGCGCUUCUGGAUCCAGUCCUUUCUCAUUGGCGUGUCCCGCGUCAUCGUCGGCUUCCGCAGCCACGACGGCCACCUUGUCCGCGUCCAGGAAAUGUACACCGCCGACCUCCUCCGUCGCGCCCCGGAACUGGGACGCCGACGGCUGAAAAGCGUCAUCCGCGGCGGCGGCCUCUGGCGUAUCCGCAGACAGCCCGGCGGUAGAGACGUGGAGGUAUUCCGCCUCGCCGAGCACGGCCACGGGCAAGUGCUCUCGGAUGAGUUCCUGGAGUGGAGGAACAGCGAAGCCAUGAAGGCCAUUGAUCAGCAAGCGCAGCAACGCGCCCUACAGGCGGAAAAGGAGCGGCAAGAGCAGCAGGAAGAGGCGCGGGCGGCGGGGCAACAGCAGCCUUCCUAA